AUGGCCAGGGGCGUUGGGGACCCCUGCCCUAGAAGAAUGCAAGUGGAACCUGGGCAAAAGCUGCUUUCCUCUGCCCCUGCCCCCUCAGCAUAUCCCAACCCAGUGAAGAAAUCUGUGUCUCAGGAUCCUGUCCGCCUACCCAAUCUCCAGCAGCCGAUCAGAAACACCUCUCAUGUCAUAGCAGAUGAAUCAGGCUUUGGCAUCAUCCCACAAGACCCUGAAAAGUUGGUGCCGGAGCUCAGGCCCCAGCUGACCGAAAUUGUCCAGGCUACGCAGCGUAGGGCUAAGGCUCGGCGCCGGGCGCACGAAUUGUGCGAGCCUCCGGGCGAGCUGCGCGCUGGACAGCACCUUGCCCCGCGUGCUCCGCUGCGCACUGCGCCGUGCGGUCUGCCGGGAUCCUGGCGUCUAGGGUUCCAGUUCCUAAACGCUGCCCUGAAGAGCGGGGCUGUGAAGGUGACAGGACCGUGGACUUUGAAGAUCUUCAUCUUGCAACUGGUAGAGCUCGUGCUAACCUACAAUUUUACUGACUGUGACUUUAAGAAUAUUAAAGAUAUUUACCAGGACAUCAUUCAUCCAGAACUGAAUGUAUAUAUAAAUGGGACGAAGAGUAUCAGGUUUAACAAGUUCGUCUACUGUGAAGAUGCGCCGGAUUGCCUCAUUAAAAUCGAGCACUUUACCUUUAAACCCAUCUACGGCUGCGCCUCACUUGCCAAGGAAACCUUCGCCAAGCAAACUAAUGCUACGCUCUCCCUCGGGUGCUCAGGCUACUCCGGAAUUCAGAUAAAUAAUACCCAGACAAUGAAGAAAAGAAGGAAAAGAGAAGUCAAAACAGAUAAAUGCCUAGAACAAGUCUCAUAUUUGAUAGAACUGUGGAGACGUUUCAGCCGCAUCUCAUAG